CCUUUUUGCUCAUCAGCAGCACAGGAGCUAUUCAUCAGAAGAAGACAUGAGCUGGCUCAGCUGGGUAGAAAUGGGAUAUUUCCUAGGUUCAAAGAGAGCUGAGUGUCCAGAAAAAGCUGCACCAUUGGAGCAUCUAGCUGACUCUCAGAGGAAGCCACAGCAAGGUGGGGCCACAUGGAAAAGCAAUGGAAAUCAACAGCACUUCACAAUCCCAGCUAUCAAGAUGAGCUGCUUCACUUUCUUGAAGGUCAUGAUGGUCUUAUUUAACCUGGCUAUUGUUCUUGGCGGAGCAACACUCUUAGGCAUUGGGAUCUGGGUCACUGUUGACAGUGGCUCCUUCCUCAACAUAUUUGGCUCUUUGUCCUCUAGUAUCUUGCAGUUUGUGAAUGUGGGUUAUCUUCUUAUUGCCCUUGGAGCUGUCCUGUUUGUGUUGGGCUUUCUAGGAUGCUGUGGAGCACAGAAAGAGAGCAAGUGCCUUCUAAUCAUGUUCUUCUCAAUUGUCCUGAUCAUCUUCAUAAUUGAAGUUGCUGCUGCAGUGUUGGCACUAGCCUUCACAUCAAUUGCAGAGACGUUAAUUCAAGGAUCAGUGACCCCGUUGUUGAAAAAAGAGUAUGGGCAUUCUCCUGAUAUUACUAAAGUGUGGAACCUAACAAUGAGUGAUUUGAAGUGUUGCGGUUUAACGAAUUACACAGACUUUACUGGAUCCCCCUACUUUGAGAAACAACAAGAGUAUCCAGCAUACUGCUGUGAUGAUACGACUCCUUGCAACGGUACCAUCGCCCUCGCAAGCAAUGUGACGGGCUGCUUCCCUCAAUUGCUGUCUGAAAUACGUAAGAAUGCUGGUGUAGUAGGUGGAGUAGCAGCUGGGAUUUGUGUACUGGAGGUUGCAGCAAUGGCUGUAGCGAUGUACCUUUAUUGUCACCUGGAUGAGAAAUGACUGGGAUAGAAGGCCAGGAGGAUUACCAGCCAGGAGGCAAGAGAAUGGCGCACAUAGCAACCUUUUCUUAACCUGUGUCCACAUCAAUCAGACAUUUCUUGGGCCUGAGGCAUGCCAUGCGAUUAACUCUGACUGUACUGAGCUGGAAUCUGUAGUGUGUACAUAAAUGAAGUAAUGAAGAGUGGUUUGAUAUGAAGCUUUUGCAAUAACACAAAGGGCUUUUUUGUUGAAAACCAGUAAUAACUGAAUCAAAGACUGGAGAAAAGAGAAACUGGCAGUGUCACUGCCUUCUAAAAAUGGCCUCUACCAUAGUAGAGUGUGUGUGUGGGGGUUCCACUGGCUUUGAUACCUUUCAUCCUGAAAUACAGUAUGUGAACUUUCUCUAGGAGAGUAAAUGGCCCAGAAUGCUGCUAAUGGCUUUGAAAGGCUCUGGUUGUAUUCCUUUGCAAGCAAUAGAAUUCCAUCAAUAUGUGAUACAAAUAGAAAUCAAAAUUCCCUUUACUCCACGACAUAAAAAUACAAGCACAACAUAGGAGAUGAGGAAAGACCAUAAGCUGCUGUAAACUAUGGCUAUGAAGAGUGGUGUAUGAUAAAUCAAACCCUCUCUGCAGGUCAGUACGUAGGGCAUGGCUUUCUCCUGUUCCUCACCCCCCGGCAAGCUCAGUGUGACUUACCGAAAUCUGUAUGGGUAUCUGGUUGAGCUGGCUUUACCUGAACGGAGCCCCUCGUAUGAAAAACUCUGCUGUAUGUUGACUUAUCCCUCUAUUUUUUUACACUUUGUGGAUACAAUUUAAUUUAUAAUCUAACUACAAAAUCAUAUUGUUUUGCACAUUUGACUAUUGCAAUAAAAUCUACUUUUUAAUUAA